UUUAUGUUCUACCAGUGACGUUAAAUAGAUUAUAGAGGAUUCACUUAUUUAAAGACUGGAGCUAAAUCUCUGCAGGUUAUUUUUAGAUUGUCCAAGGAUAACAACAAAAGCGACAGCUUGAUUCACUAGAGGCAUCUAAUUGAAACCUGCUGCACCAAGAAGCUCCCUGCACAGCUCCAUCAUGUCUCUACGGCUUCUGCCUGCUAUCAUUAUGGACAAUGACGAGGACGAUGAUAGUAACUUCACAAAAUGGAUGAGCAGUUACUGGGGUCACGGACCAGACGCUGUACAUUCCAGAGAAAGAAAACACAGUUUCAGAAGGCCUUCAAAAACACAAGUUGAUAGACGAGCAUCACUCCCGACUGCGUCACAGUUAGAUGUCAUGAAGUUAAACAGGUUUCAUGCGGCUACAAUGGCGCCCACUCCCAGCCACGUCAAAUCAAGAGAGGAUAAGGGGGAAACCAGGGUCCACCAGAAGCUUCGCCGUGCCUCUGCAGAUGACAACAUCCGCGCUAAGACUGCGAUCGCAGAGAAUCGCAUCACCACCAUCCCAGAGCUCACAGAGACACUUGAGAAGAGGCUCUGUCUAAAUGAUAAGAAGACCACGUCUCUGAAGAAGGACGAUACGUUGUGCCUGAUCUGUCAUGAGGACAUGCGUAAGAAUGGGAGGGGAGUGCCACAUUGUACACACCGCUUUCAUAAAGAGGCAGCUCGGAGGUUAGAGCAGUGUCGGCCCCGAAGCAGCAGUGAAGCAGCUGUUUUACAGGGGAGGAAGCUCUAUGAGGAGAGGAGGAGGUCUGCAGAUGGACAGAUUUCCACGGAGAAGGAGCAGCACACACUCCAUCGUCAACAUUCCCUGAGGAGACAUCGCUGAUAUUGUUUUCAAGAAGGGGAAAAUGCAUGAUUUGCAGUGAAAACAUCAGGAUUUCUCCUGAACUUUUACUACGAUGUGACACUGAAAAAUCAGGGCCUCAAAUCCCCUCUGGGCCAGAGUUUUAGGUCACUUUUGGAAUAAUUGCAACUUCUUCUCUUCAGUGUGCAAACACAGAGUUAAAAAUGUUUGAAAAGGGUUAGAGUUAGAAAAAAAAAUUGAGACCGAGUUUAAAGGUUUGAACUCAAAGUUUUCUGCUUUAAAACCUCAGUAUGACAAACUGUACUGCACCAUGACUAUGUAAACAGGGGUGUUGCUAAAGUGUUGGCUUGGGGCCUGAAAUUUAUUAGGUCCACCUGGUGCCCCAGCUUAAUCUUUAUUAUAUAAAUGCAAACAUGAGUGAAAAUAACAGGGGGAUGUAAGGUGUCCAGUUACAUUUUUGCUGUAAAAACACUGUGGUACUCCUCAAUACAUUAUUGUAAAUAUAACUAUAUAAUGUUAUAUAAUAUGAUAAUACACACUAAAAGCUCUUCUGCUCAGUUAUGGAUGUAUGACUCCCCCAUGACAUGCCUCACAGUGGUUUGAUCCACUGCUUGUUGUUUCCUGACUCUAGUGCUGCAUUCUGCAAAUUUUGGCAUUGAUUCAAUACUAACUAAAUACAGGGCCAGUAUUACCGAUACCAUUUAACCAAUGAAAGCAGCUUAUGUAUUGAAGAUGAGAUGAAGUAUCAUCAAUAUACAAAGUCUGAACACACUUUAAUGAAAUCACUGUGAUUUUUCCUUUCACCAAAACAAUUCAGCUGUGUGCCUGUUUCUAAAGCACUUUGGAUCGGUUUAUGUUGGAUCAGUUUAUGUUGUUUAAAUAAAUAAAGUAGGCAUGACGGCCAGCACAAAAAGUUUCAGGGAUUUUUCACUAUUGUUUUUCACACAUUUCACUAUUGGUUAGAAACAAAGUAUCAAUCCUAUUGCUCUAGUAUCGAUUCAACACUAGUACCAGCAUUGGUAUCCAUGGAUACAAGUCUGGUCAAAGUUAAAAUCACCAUAACUCAGUGGAUUUUCAAACAAUUUUCAAGUGGUUUCGUUUGGCAUUUUUUUCUGAUUUCAUUUGGUGUUUUCUCCUUUUCUGUGCUCUACACCACCCUUACUGGUUCUUGGGUCCCUCUGUGCCAAAACCAUAUAAAAUUUCCUGGAAACGCCUCUGUAUGUAACGGUCAUUGUAUUCAGUUAUUAGACUUACAGCACGUUAUUGGAUGAGAAGAUACCUCUAUGAUUAUACUAAUUAAAUGGUUUUAAAUAUCACUUUAGAAUAAAUAUACUUUAUAAUCAAUAGAGAAUAUUUACAGUUUAUAAAAGCAUUUCAUCAGAACUACAGUGAGUCACUUUAUAUACUGUUGAAUCUGUUGACAAUCAGAACUUGUAAACAUGUUAACAUUUUGUCAAAGUGAAUAUAAUAAAAGUCAAUAAAAAGCAAGGCACCACAUUAUUAACUGUAAAGAAAUUUAUUUAAAACCUUCUUUGACUCGUAGCCUUUGAAACAGAGAAAGCUGCUCAAAUAGGCAGCAACACUGUCCCUUCCAGCUAAGGGUUAGGGUCUGUGAACGUAGAUCCUGUUGCUCAUGCAUCAACAUGUUGGAAAUGACCUCCUGGCAUCAGUUGAAAAUAUCAAUGACUGCAUAAAUGAUACAUGAUACAGAUCAUAGCAACAAUGAUGCAAUGGUGUGUUUUAAAAUGUGUUUCAGUGCAUGGAGCAGUGGCUAUGGAGGAAAAGGAACUGUCCCACAUGCCGUGUCUACGUAUCCAUGCUAAAGCCCCUCUAUUGGCCUUCUUGUCGCACCACCGUCCCAUAAUGGUCCUGCACCUACACUUGAAAUGUCUGCAUGUAUAUGUGACCCCAAGACCUCCUCCUCUCCAUCUCCACGCCUCGUUCUUUCUGCAUGAACACCCUCUGCAAAACUGUCUUCUGUCCCUGAAGGAAGCAGGAAAUGAGAGUGAGGAUAUCUCAUGUGAGAGACACGAGCUGUCAUUGGACGGUGAUUAUUUAUAUAAGAGCGCUUGUAAAUUAAUGCACUAUCAGGGGAGGAUUAGUCUUUCUUGUUCUUAUUUUGUUUUUGUCCAAAAAUGAUUCUAAACAAUUUCUAAUGACAUGCAGUUAGGUGGAGCAAAUAUCCUCAAAACUGACAAUAUUUUUUGGUAAUGAACCAAAUAAUCUGCCUGAAUUCUGCUGAGUUUGUGGUUGAGGUUGAAUAUUUCCAAGUUCUGAAGUUGAACUUAGAUAUAAAAUCACAUCAUGAAAUUUAAACAAACAACUCAUAAAUUAGUCUUCUUACAGCAGGUAGCAUAUGAAUGUGUGCAUCAGUAGCAGUCGAAUUUCAGGGCUCAUAAGACCUCCCAUCUGAGUUCCACUGAGCACAUCUUUGGCAAGCUGUUUCCCCUCAGUUUAAAGCUUUUAAAUGUUAAAAGUUUAAUGCUAAGCUGACUAGUUUCUGACUUUGGUUUUAUAUUUAGCACAGAAAUAUGGGGAACGUAAAUAUUUUCCCAAAACCAUUCAUACACACAAAUAUUCUAUAUAUUUUUUGACAACAUUUGACUGACAUCUUAUAAUAAUCACAAGUUCCUGAUAUAGUUUUAAUUAAAAAUCUUGAAAACAGUCUUAAAAAAAGCUGAAAACUACAGAGAAUCAGCUCUAAGACAGGUGACAAAUUAAAGGAAAACCAUCAAAACCAGUGACCCACGCACUGAAGGGGUCCAGUGGCUAUGUUUUGGUGCACUGAUUUGAGUCCAGACAGCGUCACUGUAUAGCGAUACAAACUUUGUCUGACUGGUUACUUUUAUGCUACAAUGAAAGAUGCCACCUUCUACUCGACACAAGGGGUUACUGAAUGCUUUUAUUACUCAGAACAUGAUUUUAAGUUAAGCAGUGCUGUACACCAUAUGAGAGAAUGUCUUUUGGAAUGAUAAUGUUUCAGAGGCUUCAGUCGGUGCUAAGGUGCAUUAGAAUUGCUCUGUCAGCACAUGGCAGCUCAAUACCUUAUUGAGAAGCAUGAAGUUGAUUUUCCUUCUUUGUCACCUGUCAGUAUGGGUUUUUUGCAUAUUCUGCAGAAGGUGGUUGGUGUAUUUCAGUCAAUGCUGAUUACCCAGUAGAGAAAUUUCAACAGCUGCACUAGCAAUAGCUCUGCUCUGCUAUUUUGAAGGAUUGAGCAUGCACAUUUAUUUAUUGCCUGCAUUCACAAUGCUUUCUCUUAAGUAACAAAACUCCUCCCCUGCAUCAGUGUCAUAUCUUAUCGUACAUCUGCACCGUCUUCCUGCCUUACCCAAUUAGCUUUUGUUUUGCAUGUAAAGGUUUUUGCGUGUGACUUCUAUUCGAUCGUUUUCAAACAUCUCUCUUGUGCCGUGUGUUUUGCACUUCCAUGUGAGAAGUUUACAGUAUGUACACAAAGUCCAACUAAAAAGAGCUGGCCUAUGUAUAUAUUUCAAAUCAAAUCAAAUCAAAUCACUUU